AUGGCAGGUCGGAUGGAACGUUGCGUCGGCACCGUCGUGAAGUGGUUCGUCUCUGCACGCCGCUGGACAGCCGGUGACGGGAUGGAUCUCCACAUCGACAUCGCCUUGACGCGCCCACCUACGCCGUCGGAGACCGCGGCUUACGGCGAAUUCGAGUCGUUCUCCACUACAACCCGAAGUCGUGGUCCCAUAGUGGAGUUUGGCCGUGCCACAACGGCACAUGGCAGCCCUAUUCAGGGAUGUCACUGGCAGCCCCCACGAGGGGAGGGGCCUAAAAAAGGUGGCCUAAAUAUUGCUGGGUACCACACCGUCUCCAGGCUAGCCAGGGCCGCAGACGUCUUAUCAUGGUCGAAACAAUCAAAAUCGAAACAACAACAAUACCAAUACCAACAACAACCAUACUCAUUCUCCUCAUCCUACCUCUUCUUCCUCUUCCUCUGCCUAUUCUUCUCCUUCGUCACCUUCUUCUCCAUCUCCUUCCCGUCGCCCCACUCGUUGUCACCAGACUGGCAGGGUGAGCGCGCUCACUCUGGCAGCCUGGAAUGUUCGUUCCCUUUUAGACAAUCCGAGGAGCAACCGACCGGAAAGGAGGACGGCGCUAGUGGCACGAGAACUGGCGCGCUACAAGGUGGACAUCGCCGCACUCAGCGGGACCCGAUUCUCCGAACAAGGCCAACUGGAGGAGGUGGGUGCCGGCUACACCUUCUUCUGGAGCGGUCGACCCAGGGCAGAGCGACGGGACGCAGGUGUCGCAUUCGCCAUUCGGAACGACAUCGUGGGACGACUGCCCUGUUUGCCGCAGGGCAUCAACGAGCGCCUGAUGAGCCUCCGCCUGCCUCUCUGGGGAGGCAAAUUCGCCACCAUCAUCAGCGCCUACGCUCCGACGAUGACCAACCCCGACGCCGUCAGAGACAAAUUCUACGAUGACCUACAGGCCCUCUUGGCGACUGUGUCGAAGGCGGACAAUUUGAUUGUCCUUGGCGACUUCAACGCCCGCGUCGGCACAGGCCAUACUGCCUGGAGAGGCGUGCUGGGCCCCCACGGUCUCCGCGGCUCCAACGACAACGGCCUGCUUCUCCUCCGCACCUGCGCAGAACAUCGCCUCAUCCUGACGAACACGUUCUUCUGUCUCCCGGAGCGAGAGAAGGCCACCUGGAGGCAUCCUCGGUCGCGUCAGUGGCACCUGCUGGACUAUGUCCUCAUCCGGAGGCGAGAUCAGCGGGACGUGCUGGUGACAAAGGCGAUCGCGGGCGCUGACGGGUGGACCGACCAUCGCCUCGUUAUCUCGAAGAUGCGUAUUCGCCUACAGCCUCGCAGGAGACCACAAGGUAAGCGACCCCCAGGUAAGCUGAAUGUUGCCUUGUUGUCUUUGCCUGCUCACCGUCUCCAUUCCAGCAAUGAGCUAGCUCAAAGGCUAGACAACUUUCCUAUCGCCGCCGACGCCGCCGCUGCCGAGAACGCCUCCGUGGAGAACCGCUGGUGUCAACUGCGAGACACGGUCCAGGCGACGGCGCUCGCCGUCCUCGUUCGCGCUCCCCGUAAACACCAGGACUGGUUCGACGACAACGACGCCGCCAUCAGAAAUCUGCUCGCUGAGAAGAACCGCCUACACAAAGCCUACGUAGAUCACCCCACUGAUGCCACCAAAGCUGCCUUCUACCGCAGUCGCCGCCAAAUUCAGCAACGACUGCGCGAGAUGCAGGACGCCUGGACUGCUCGCAAAGCUGAGGAAAUCCAAGGCUACGCGGACCGCAACGAAUGGAAGAACUUCUUCUCCGCGAUCAAAGCUGUCUACGGUCCGCCGACGAAGGGCACUGCUCCUCUCCUCAGCGCCGACGGCAGCACUCUCCUGACUGAGAAGACGCAAAUCCUACAGCGAUGGGCCGAGCAUUUCCGGGGCGUCCUCAACCGCCCUUCCGUCAUCUCCGACGCCGCUAUCGCCCGCUUGCCGCAAGUGGAGACCAACGUGGACCUCGACCUCCCGCCAUCUCUCCAGCAGACCAUCAGGGCCGUGCAGCAGCUCCCCAGCGGAAAAGCACCCGGAUCGGACGCAAUCCCUACUGAGGUCUACAAGCACGGAGGUCCCCAACUAAUGGAUCACCUGACUGCGCUCUUCCAGGAGAUGUGGCGUCAAGGUGAAGUCCCGCAAGAUUUCAAGGACGCAACCAUCAUGCAUCUCUACAAUCGCAAAGGGAAUCGCCAAGUCUGCGACAACCACCGCGGCAUCUCCCUACUGAACAUCGCCGGGAAGAUCUUCGCUCGCAUCCUGCUCAACCGCCUCAACAUACAUCUGGAACAGGGCCUUCUGCCGGAAAGCCAAUGCGGCUUCCGUGGUCAUCGUGGGACCACGGAUAUGAUCUUCGUCGCCCGUCAACUUCAGGAGAAUUGUCAGGAGACGCGGACCCACCUGUACACUACCGUCGUGGAACUGACGAAAGGAUUCGACACGGUGAAUCGUGAAGGACUGUGGAAGAUCAUGCAGAAAUUCGGCUGUCCGGAGCGAUUCACUCAGAUGGUGCGUCAGCUGCACGACGGUAUGAUGGCGCGAGUCACGGACAGCGGAGCUGUCUCAGAGGCAUUCGCAGUGACCAAUGGAGUGAAGCAGGGCUGCGUACUGGCGCCUACACUCUUCAGUCUUAUGUUCUCUGCCAUGCUGAUGGACGCCUACCGCGACGAACGCCCUGGAAUCCGCAUCGCCUACAGGACGGACGGUCAUCUCCUGAAUCAACUGCGGAUGCACUUCCAAUCGCGCGUAUCCACAACCACCGUUCACGAACUCCUCUUCGCCGACGACUGCGCCCUACACACCACCUCAGAAGAGGAGAUGCAACCGAACAUGGACCUGUUCUCCGCCGCCUGCGAGAACUUCGGUCUGGUCAUUAACACGCAGAAGACGGUGGUCAUGCAUCAACCGCCACCCCACACAACCACUCCUCCCAACGCGCCGCCGCCGCAAAUCAGCGUGAACGGAACCCAACUGCAGGUGGUGGAGAACUUCCCGUACCUGGGCAGUACUCUCUCCCGCAACACCAAGAUCGACGACGAAGUCGCCAACAGGAUCUCGAAAGCCAGUCAAGCCUUCGGUCGCCUCAAAAGCACAGUUUGGAAUCGUCAUGGUCUCCAACUGAGCACGAAGCUGAAGAUGUACAAGGCCGUUAUCCUGCCGACGCUACUGUAUGAAGCGGAGACUUGUACGGUGUACGCAAAGCAGGCACGUCGUCUGAACCACUUCCACCUCAGUUGUCUUCGUCGCAUCCUGAGGCUGAACUGGGAGGAUCGAAUCCCCGACAAUGAUGUGCUGGAACGGACGGGAAUGGUCAGCAUCUACGCCAUACUGAGGCAAAUUCAGCUGCGCUGGAGUGGUCACCUUGUGCGCAUGGACGACGAGCGACCACCCAAACGACUCUUGUACGGAGACGUCGCGACGGGUUCUCGCCGUCACGGAGGCCAGAUUCGCCGUUACAAGGAUACCCUGAAGUCCUCCCUGAAAUGCCUGCAAAUCAACGCCACCAACUGGAAGGAGCUCGCACUCGAUCGACCGACCUGGAGGAGAACAGUGAAGACAGGCGCUGCGAUCUACGAAGCCAACCGCAUCGCUGCCGCCAAAGCGAAACGUGAAGCCCGCAAAUCACAACUUCGCCCAGUACGCAACGCCGCCGCACAACCGCUUCCAACGUGUCCUCGAUGUCAACGGACAUUGCGGGCUCGAAUCGGACUUGUUGGACAUCUUCGGAUUAACUGCGACUCUAGAACGGCACCAACCAUCGUCCCUCCGCCUGCCUCUUCCUCCUCCUCUCCGCCGCCAACUAACCCUGACAAUUCUUCUGACCCACCACUUCCAUCAUCAUCCUCCUCCUCCUUCUCCUCCUCCUCCUCCUCCUCCUCCUCCUCCUCCUCCUCCACGUCACCCACUGCUCCAACGGCGGCCGCUCAGGCGACUGUCCCGCGCACAACAACCGACACUACCACCACCUCUCUCGACUCCAGGGAUGAGGAUCAGAACUACACCUGCCCUCACUGCGACCGUACCUUCACCUCACACAUCGGCCUGGUCGGUCACUUGCGAAUCCAUCACACAGAGACUGGCGAACCAGUGCGUGAAGCACCAACCUACACCCACCGCACUCGUCUCCACUGCCCACACUGCCCUCGCACCUUCACGCAUCGCAUGGGUCUAUUCGGCCACAUGCGCAUUCACGAGAGCGGAAUUGACCGCAAUUCUGACACACCCGCCACAUCCAACACAUCCAACGUGCACACCCCCACCCUCGUUCCAUUCGUCCGCGCCACCACCACCACCGCUUCCUCUGUAGCUGACACUGACACCGCCGACUUCUCAUGGCCACACUGUCCACGCACAUUUACCUCACGCAUCGGCCUGGUCGGUCACUUGCGAAUCCAUCGCACAGAGACUGGCGAACCAGUGCCUGAAGCACCCACCUAUACCCACCAAGCUCGUCUCAACUGCCCAUACUGCCCUCGCACCUUCAGGCAUCGCAUGGGCCUAUUCGGCCACAUGCGCAUCCACGACGACCUAUAG